UAAAAAUAAUGUUCAAUUUGUUUUCUUGCCAGCUGGCCCGUCCACCGUAAGUGGAGAUGUUUGAACAGUAUGGCUGAUUCGUCCACCGGUUCCAGCAGUAGGCCUACUACAUCUGUUGCUCCAAGUGAUGACAUGUCUGGCGUCCAGGAGAACUGUGGUGUGACCGUAAUGCAAACCAGUAAUGAAGUUGGCUGCAGGAAAUGGGACAAGAAACUAAACACUUCUGCUUUUACUGCGAUGUACCCCAGGCCAAGCUCCCCAGUCAUCCCCAGUCAUGUCACAAGGAAGAAAGAGAAGUCAUCGAGAUCGCCGAUCAGCCCAACGCUAGUGUGCGUAGGAAACGUCUGUUGAAAAUUCGCAAUAUAUGUAAUCACAGGCACAAUUGUCAGGUUCUUCGUGAAGGCAGUGGUGUGCUCGUUGUCGGGUACAGGCCAAAUCGCAAGGUAUCUCCCCAUGCAUAUGGACCAUGCGUAUAUUGUUACGGUUAUUAUGUGCGUACUAAUUUGUGUUGUCUUUGAAGCCAGCACCCACUCCACAGACUGACAGCACCGGUAAGAGGGGUCAUGUGGGUGGACGGGUCGCUCACAAGAGUGAUUUGUUGAAGCCUCUUCCUGUUGGCGUGUCGUUCCAGUUACACCAGGUUCUUAGUCCAAUGAAGAGAGAUGAUGUGGCUUUGGUAGUCAAGAAUGACAGGUUGAUUGUUGAAUUAGCCAUGCGUGAAUACGUGAAACUAGGGCACGAUGUAGAUCAGCAUGGCUACAUCCGUAACAGGGAACGUGAAUUGGGUCGACUCGUCAUAUUAACUCCGAAAGAACACACAGCAACCAACUGCAUCAUUCGGAUCAUUUUGUCCAUCCGCACCACCUUUCUGAUAUUGUGAAGGCCGUGCACGAUAUUGCCGGCUUCAGGGAAGACAAACAGUUGUACGAUGUUCCGUCACUAGCACUGAAAAUUGGUUAUUCAAGAAAUGUGCACUCGUCUUGAAAGGAAGUGCCCUAGAGUCCGGCCAAAAACACAAAGCGGAACGUGUGAUAGAGUUUCUGCAGUUGUGUGAAUUGAACUGGCGAGACCUUGUGUGCACGCGCACGCACAGAACGCUGUACCAAGGAAAGGGCAACAAAGUCACCAUUCUUCCGACAAAUGCCGAUGUAGUCCACCUGGGCAGACAAAUCAGGCUAGUUUGGCAGAAAUUGAACGAGGUCAGUCUGUGCCACCUCAUCAUGUUCAACCGAAGAAGGCAGGGGGAGGUUGCAAAGAUGAAAUUUGAAGAUUUCCACAAGCACAGCACAGCAGGGGGAAUGCCUGUUGAGUGAUUUAGAACGCCAGCUGUGCAAGAUGGUCCGUGAUGGUCCGAAAUAGUCAGCAAGAGAGGCAGAACUGGUCCUGUGCUUCUAAGCAAUGAGGCAGUAGCGUGGUUGAAUGCUCUGGUCGCCAAGAGACAUGAAGCUGGAGUAGCCCAAGACAACAACUUCUUGUUUGCAUGGUGUUAUGGUGGGAGAGGCUACAUACGAGGGAGUGACUGUUUAAGGGCAUAUGCAGAUAAGGCUGGCCUUGACAAUGCAUCCAGCAUCCGGUCCACCAAAUUCCGUAAACAUGUAUCAACUGCAUCGCAAAUCCUUGCAUUAAAGGAACAUCAGUUUGAAACUGAGCCAACUUCAUGGGCCACGAUCUGCGCCGGUACAUCGCGAAUACUACCAGUUGCCAGAUACUGUACAGCAGGUCACCAGACUGUCUAGACUUUUCCUGAGUUUGAAGAGUGGCAACCUGCCUUCCCAACAGGGCAAAUCCUUGGACGAUCUGCAUGUAACUGGCGACGGCUUCACCAGUGAAGAGGACAGCAGCAACAGUGGGGACAGCAGUGAAGACUCCUGCGAUGAAUCCGUCAAAAACAGACAGCUUCCUGGUGUUGCUGCUGCAUCACGAAGAAGGGAACCCUUGAAGCGCCAUCCCUGGACACAGCGAAGAAGGCCUGCGCAAAUUCUUCCAGUUGAGGAAAUUUCCUAGCAAGCUGGACAUCGAAGUAGCUUGCACUGUGGCGCUGCAGACCCGUACUUGGAGAAACAUCAAAGACUUUUGUCGUAACACAAUGAAGUUGUAGCCACACCAGACAUCCUCUCGAGAUAUUAUACCAUAUUGAUGAUGAACCCUAUAGUAGUAGGCUAAUAACGCAACGUAUUUUUAACGGCCCAAACAACCAAGAACUUGUGUGUGUUGUCCUCGGUGUUAAAGGCUGCACUCACAUGGACGUGAAGUCCUCCGUCUUAUAGUUUGGAAAGUAUGCCUUCCAUCCGCAGUGUCUACAUGUAUACGUGUGUGAGUGUGUAGCCGAAUCUAUUGAGGGCCCCCAAAUAUCCCUUCAAGAAAUAUACCACAUUUGCGCCACUGUUUAAUCAACAGUCCAAAAGUGAAUUGCUUAACGUUCAUUUCUCCUUUUUAUGUGCUGCAGUGUAUACGAGUUUCCUCUUGAAAGUUUACUCUGUAUUAAGCUUAGUUGAGUCAGUCCUUUCAGUUCGUGAAACCUUUUUUUAAAUCUAUGCUUUCAGGUCUCCUUUGAAUGUUAGCCUUUUUUCAAAAUUAGUGCUUUCAGGUCUCCUUGGAAUGGUACUCAAGACUGGCCAAGUUGGAAGGUGCAACGGCAGCCUUCUAAAUUAAGCAUCUAAUUGAAUGACAUUAUUACUGAAAUUAGAGAUAUAUGUAAACUCUCAUUUCAGUCUUUUGUGUAUGGAUCACUUGUACAGUAUACUAUAAGUGGUCAAUACUAAAAACAUGUACACAGAGAAUGAAUGUUCGGAUCUCACAUAAAACUACAACACUAACAAUGAACCGUGUCCUGAAGAUCGCUCGCGGUCACCAUGACCAUUUUGUUCGGACAAAACGGGUCAGUCAAAUGGUAAGGAGUGAAAAUCCUUGUACCAUGCUUCGGAGUUGGGAUUGUCUGUCGGUAAUAUAUAACACCAGAGAAAAGGGCUGCUCCAAAUUACAGCGACCAAAGAUGAUUCAUGACGGUCAGCGCACUUUGCAAUAGACGACAUCACGAAACUUCCUCUGAAUUGGGAAUUCCUCUGAAUUUCUUUCCUGAGAACAUUUUCCCGUGAAAGAAGUGGAUUGAAAAUUGAUAAUAGUGUAGAAAGGUUUAAUCAUAGACUCACAAACCAAAACAAACCCUAUAGUUCUAAGGGCAUGUUUAUAUUUUUUCCAUGGGAUUCUCUAUCAACCACAAUCCAACAACUAAAAUUUCGACUUUAAGUGCUCUGGUCGUCCUUAGGAGUUCUGAAAGACCAGAGCACACUGGUCGAACGUCGAGUACACACCCACCGGUUCUUAUCAGAGCCAAAUCUCUUCUAAUGUGCAUCUAUGUACUGGUAUCACCGCAAGCCCUCUCCUUACGAUAUACUGCUUUGAUAUUUGAGUGUCCGGGGAACAAAUUCCGCCCGAGCUUUUUUAAAUAGACUUUACGCAUUAGUUAAGGUGAAAAUCGAUACACACCACCUGUUCUAAGUGAAAUCAACAUAAAAAUUUAUGUGGAACAUUGAAAAUGCAAAAUGACCUAGGAUCUAUCAUACGAGCCCCGAAAACUGACUGCUUAUUUGACUUCAGUCAGAUUAAGCACAGGUUUUUAUAGGCCGAAUUAGGGGGUACAUGAGAGUGACUUGUGGCAAUAAAGCAACAUGGACAAUUGCACGAAUUCAAGAAUUCUCCUAUUUCUCUUAUUGGCGUCAUCUGCAUUUCUGACUUUGCUUACCAUCUUCAAACUUGAUGUCGCAUCAACACAGUUCUACACAGCUGCAAAAUUAGUACAGGUAGACGCAGUGGUGCGAUUUCACGGGAAUGGUGGAGUUAUUAAAGGUACAAAUUAUUCAACUGAAACUGAACAAGCAAAUGCAAGAUCAAGCAAACAACAGGACUUCCUUCAGGGUUAUUUAAUAGAGGAGCAGAAGUUCAUCAGAAAUAUGGAAACACACCUGAAAUCCCUACCCUCGGAGAGCGGAUCUACUCUUAUUCUGGAGGGAAUUUUGAAGAGGAGUACUGCCAAAUCACGCGCUUGGUGGUCAGACGGAAAAGUGGGAAUUCAUGACAGACAGUUCAUUGAUUACAUGAAAUGUCCUACAUCGCUGCGUUGGAAGAUGCUGCUGGAUCGUUACACGAAGCGGAAGUUUGUACCUGAAACUCCCAUUCUUGCUUGGAACGAGCAUUUCAGCCGGGACGAAUAUGCUCGUCUGUCCAGAUUUCAUGGAAUUUUUGGCUGGAAGGACUUGAAAGAAAAAGAAAUCGCAUCUGCUUUGACGGCGUUCAACUCGUCUCGUAGCAAAUACCUAUUUGAUGAUCGCAUGAUUAGUGGUAAGACGCCAAAUAACAUUAGUUGUAUCAAGUGUGCCGUGAUUGGCAAUGGUGGUAUCCUCAAAGGAUCGAAAAAGGGCAAAGAAAUCGAUGCGCAUAACUACAUCUUUAGAGUAAAUUCAGCAAUAACGAAAGGUUUCGAAGAGGACGUAGGUACCAGGACGUCGUUCUACUGCUUUGGCAUAAUAACUUUAUCAAAUACGUUAGCAGAGGGACUUAGCACUGGUUUCCUCCAACUUCCCAAUGACAAGGGUAUUCGGUAUAUUUUCUUUGCUGACAAUCCCUGGGCUUAUGCUUUCCUGGCUGCUGCAUUAAACGGAAAGUCGUUGCCACUUAGCAGCGACGGAAGAGGCCGGUUGCCACCAAAAUUUCCAAAGAAACUGACGGCGAAUGAUGUCAAGCUUGUUCAUCCUGAUUUCCAAAGAUAUCUCAAAUACAACUGGGUGAAUUCGUCACAACGGGAUUUGUUGAUCCACAGGCCAACCACAGGAGGAAUUAUGCUUCUUCUUGCCAUACACACGUGCGAUGAGGUUAGUGCAUACGGAUUUGCAGGAAGUUAUGACGAAUACUCCGACCAUUAUUAUGACAAAAUUUUUAAGAAACAUAAGACUUUUUUGAAUCACGACAAUCAAGCUGAAAACGAACUAUGGAAGGAACUUGAUAAACGCCGAAUCAUCAGGUUGUAUACGAGGGAGAACACUGAAAAGAGUGAGGCAUAAAUUGCCAAUAAAAAUACAUGUCUAAAUUUGGAAAGACGAAUUGAAAUUGUAACAAUUGUUUCAAAUUUUGAGCUGUGUUAUAGUUAAUUUGAGAAAGUGUGGAAAACUAGUAGAAAUAUCGUGGUAUUCGGGAUCUACAGUAGUAAGAGCUGUUAAAACAAUACUUCUUAUUUGUGCAAUACAGUCAUCACCGUCAAUAUGAACUAACGCAACGGUGAAGCAUUGUGCACGCUUCAGGCAAAGAAUUAACAAUUCCCAUAAUUUUCGUAUUCACGAACUAACACAGAAGUAUGUGUGAGCUGAGAACUGACAGUUCCUGAUAAUCCGUGUUUUCAGGAAUUAAAACGUGUAAGUCUCAAGAAAUAUUUUAAAAAAAUAGAACUUCUGUUAAUUUCUAAUGAAAGAAUGAUUUUUAGUGAAAUUCUAUAACAGUGCAAAAGUUUACGGAUGGGUUAUUCGUGUGAAGUGUUCACUAAUAUAUUCCUCUGAAUCGUAUGUCUAAAAAUGCGAAUGUGUUAUUUCGUAAAAACCAAAAUUUGGAAAUCGUAGAUUAGUGUGCCCUAUGCGCGAGCACAACCCCUUUAUCUUUACGCUAAUUCGCGUGAUUGACCGGUUUUCACGAAGUGUACAGAACCAAGAAGCUUCAAUUUUUGUGGUGUCGCCGACACAUUGGCGUCUCCAGGUCAUGGGAGAGCAAAAUGGGUUUUUUCCUAAAUACGAAGGUCCGGGGGCGUAAACCCCAGGAUAUCGGGAUAUAUAGCCCACACACAAACAUACUGACUUUUUUAUGAGGGGCACAAAAAUUUUAGCAGAUUGUUAAGGAUGUUUAGGAUUUCCUAACGACUAACGUGUUUGCAAUAUCACUAAAAAGAGGAAACGAGUAAAGCCAUGAAUAGACCUAUGCCAUUCUGAUGUAAGACUCUUAAUACACUGUACAAAUGUAAAUCUUUAUCAUGAACAUCGCCCCAAUACAGU